GGCACUUCGCAUUUCGCAUCUCGCCCUUCCUUCGUGGCUGUGUUGACGUCUUGACUUCAUUUAUUUGGAAGAUGGCGUUCCGAUCUGCCAGCCGCAAGCUUUCUCAACAAGCAGCGGCUACAACCAUUCCAUCGUUUGGUUUUUCGGGUGCUGGUUUCUUGGUCAGUUAUCACUUGGGUGCAUCCAAGUGUUUCUUGGACCAUGGAUAUAUUCGAAUUGACGAAGCCACCGCGUCAUCAUCGCGGAAAAAUGUGAUCAUGGGUGUCAGUGGUGGUGCCAUUGCUGGUGCUUCUAUCGCUGCCGGUGUCACCCCGGAAGAUGCAAUGUCCAUUGCGAUAGAUGUUGCCGAGAAGACUAGAAAGGAAGGUUUCUUGGAUGCAUUCAAGCCGGGAUUCUCGCUAAUUGAUCAAGUCGAAGAACCGUUGCUAAAAGAGAUUUCCGAUGCUGUGAAUGGGGACAUGGAACUGCUCGGCAGGAGAAUCAAUGGAAAGAUCUAUACUGGUCUGACAGACAGGUCCAUAAAACCUUUCCUAAAAAAUCCCAAGUCCUAUUGUUACGUCGAUCAUUACAGAGACGCUGAGGACGUUGUGGCUGCGUGCAUGUUGUCAUCUUAUGUUCCUGGGGCCACAGGAACCGUCAAUGUUUCCCCGACACUGUCAAGGGCGUCCUCUAAGAUUCGGGAAAUGGUAGAGCUAGGAUAUGUCAAGCAACGGAAACCGGGCAGCCAAGAGAUCACAACUGUGAGACUAGAAAGCUUAAUGGAGGACGCCUUCCCUCCCUUUAUCGACGGAGGCCUUUGCAACGGCUUCCCUGUGUUUGAUUCCAGCACCGUCGUGGUGACUCCCCUUGCUGGGGAUUUUCAGCCAAAUCGAUCAGUCUGCCCGCUGGUACACGACGAUGAUAGUCUCCACCGUCUCAGCAGUCGGGUUGCUCUACAUCUGAACCGACAGAAUGUCAAAACAUUUCGCAGAAUGAUCCUGUCAUCCGAUGAGGACGCCUUGCAAAGGCGAUUUUCCCAAGGCCAUGACGAUGCCAAACGAUUCUUGGUUCAACACGGUCUGGAACGGGUCCAUUAUGUCGUUGGAGGAAGCCCAUCACCAGGAAAAGAGAUCCAUGGAUCAUAAUACCAUAGUCAAAUCCAUUGGUCAU